AUGCUAAACGACUGUUCCCUGUUGGUUUUCCCGCAGUCUCCCGAGGUGGUGCAAUGCAAACCCUACGACACAAAAUGCGACGUCUACAGUUUUAGUAUUCUUUUAUGGGAACUCCUUUCUCUGCAACACGCAUUCAAAGGUUGCUCUCCAGAUCAGUUUAUAGACAAAGUGGUAAUCAACAACCAGAGGCCCACCAUUGACAAAAAGUGGCCGCCCCUCACUCGGUUGGUUCUUCCUGAAGCUUGGGAUAAGGACCCCAAAGCCAGACCUGAUAUGAAGCGUGUUGCCAUUAUGAUUCGUGGAGAUCUCAAUGACAUGACCACUGAUGCCCGAGUGCAACGUCGUACACAACACAUGGAAGACAGAUCGACACACAGCUUGGAGCUCAAUAACAGUCCCUAG